GCAUGAGAUCACGACCUUAUGGUUGUUAAGAGUUUGGGGUUGUUUCUUGGAUAACAAUGUCUCUGCUUUUCAAUCUAAUCGCAAAUCUCUCUGUUGAAGAAGAAAGUGAUCACAAGGAUGCUCGUUUCUUCUCUUCAUCUCCAAAGAAGCAAACUCCAUAUAUGGUACUUGAAGGUGAUAAAGUAGGAGAGUCUUCUGAAGCUGAAAAUAUCAUAAUGAGUUUCAAGUUGUUUGAUCUGAGUAAGGAAGAGAUCAUCCAAGUUAUCCACAAGUCAUUUCCGAAGUUGUUGUACGAAGAGUCAAGAGUCAUUGGAAGCUCGCGUGGCUGGAUAGCUUUUAUGAGCAAACAUGAUGGAACCGUACAUCUAAGUGACGUGUUCAAUCUCGGGUCCCUUAGAGUCAUUACUCUGCCUCCUCUUCCUGAUCCUAUGUAUCAUCCUUCCACAGCCAUCAUAAAUGUCUCCUUAUCCUAUCCGCCAGACCAAGAAGAUGAUUAUGCAAUGUACAUCAAGUUCUUAUGCUCCGAAAUAUAUUACUGUAGGCCUAAUCACCACUCGCAAUGGGUUCUAUGCGAUAUUAACGAAAUCCACACAACUGCCUCUGAUAUCGUUUAUUCCCCAAGAAACCAAAUGUUGUUCCUCGUGAUAAUGGGAGCAAGUUUCUUGCUUUCUUUUGAUCUCAACAUGAACAGAAAGUAUACGAGGUUGCAUUUGAGAAAUAUCCCAAAGAUGCCACAGUCCGAGUGGGAGUUGUUGGCUAUGUGUAUCAAGAGAGAGCAUUUGGUUGAGUCCCCUGGUGGCAGAAUUUUUGUUGUUAAGCAGUGAGUCUUGAUCAACAGAACAACUAAAUUAACUAAUUGUAU